CCCAUCAGACUGAGCUCAAUGUGACCGCGCGCGCAUCACUGGCUGAUAUGAGACGUCAUGAUCCGUCUGCAGGAGGAUAAUCGUGCACCCCCAGUUGAUAGCAUGGACACCAAAAAGCACUCUGCUGAAAGGUGACCUCGAGACACUUCACCUCCCCGCAACAUUUGAAUAUGCCAGAACACAACAAUGAGCUCCAACAGCACAGACCCUGGUCUUCUUUUGACUACCUACCCCUCGCCGCCAGUGGCCGGAGCCUAUCCACAAUCCAAUGCUCUUCAUAGAGGAGAUUUUGAAGAAACCUCAUGGUCGGGUUUUUAUCCCAAUGCUGCUGCUGAUAACUCAUCCUUCAGCAACACGUCACAAAUUAGCAAUGUAACAAGAGUCCUUGAUCCCCUGGGUGGCCACCCUGUGUGGCAAGUUGUCCUCAUUGUCUUGCUGACAGGCACACUGUCUCUGGUCACCAUUAUUGGCAAUAUGCUGGUGGUGGUGUCCUUCAAGGUUAAUCGCCAGUUAAAGACAGUCAAUAACUACUUCCUUUUGAGCUUGGCUGUGGCUGACCUCAUCAUAGGGAUCAUUUCUAUGAACCUUUACACACCUUAUCUCAUAAUGGGCUACUGGGCCAUGGGAACCUGGGCCUGUGACCUCUGGUUGGCUAUUGACUAUGUUGCAAGCAAUGCAUCAGUUAUGAACCUUCUAGUCAUCAGCUUUGAUCGCUACUUUUCAAUAACAAGGCCUUUGACCUACAGGGCCAAACGAACCACAAAGCGAGCAGGAAUCAUGAUUGGAUUAGCCUGGCUUGUUUCUCUAGUUCUGUGGGCCCCUGCCAUCCUGCUGUGGCAGUACUUUGUAGGUAAAAGAACAGUGCCCUCAAGUGAAUGCUAUAUCCAGUUCCUCUCAGAGCCGAUUACAACCUUCUGCACAGCUAUGGCAGCGUUCUACCUGCCUGUGACAAUAAUGAGUAUUCUCUACUGGCGCAUUUACAAGGAGACCCAAAAUCGUACAAAAGAAUUAGCCGAGUUGCAGGGGUCUGGAAGUCAUGGUGGGACAGGAAAAACCGUUGGAAAUAUGGGGAGUGACAGAACUCGUUUUGUGCAUCACAAAGGAAGUUCCAGAAAUUGCAGUAGCUUUGAGCUGACCAGAUCAUCAAGGAGAAGGAGUACAUGUCAGGAGCUUGUUGGACGAUUCCAUUGCUGGCCGGGGGUUCGUUCCUGGAGACCUGGUAGUAUCCGUCAGGGAGAUGGUGAUCCAGACCAGAGCAGCAGUGACAGCUGGAACAACAAUGAUGCUGCAGUCUCUUUGGAUCACUCUGGGUCCUCAGAGGAUGAGGACUGUGGUGGAAAAGACAUGAUUUCCCAGAGUCAUGCCAUUUUUUCCAUUGUUCUUAGCCUCCCUGGCAUUAGAGCUGCUGUCAACUCUCAACUUACCUCAUGUGAAGAUCUGGAUGCAGCAUCAGAAGAAGAUCCACUGAGGGCAGCUGAGUACAACCGGAACAGCUUGUCAACAGUUAGCACCACUACCACUACUCCCAUUACACCUGAGUGCACAAACAGUACAGAAAACAGCUACAAGCAACGCUACUGCUCACACAAGACCCAAUCAAUGUCUAGCAUUCAGUCUAAGUCUAACCAAGGGCUUCUUGAUGGUACCCCAAUAGCCACUGCCAACGACAACACUACUGGUAGCACAGCCUCUAAGUCCUCUUCCAUCCCACUGUCUUUUAAAGAAGCAGCUAUGGCAAAGCGUUUUGCAGCUCGAACCCGAACUCAGAUCACCAAGAGAAAACGUAUGUCUCUGGUGAAGGAGAAGAAAGCAGCUCAAACUCUCAGUGCCAUCCUCUUAGCUUUCCUCAUAACAUGGACACCUUACAACAUCAUGGUGCUGAUCAAUGCCUUCUGCAAAACUUCUUGCAUCCCAGAGACUCUGUGGGCAGUGGGAUACUGGUUAUGCUAUGUCAAUAGCACAGUGAACCCUAUGUGCUAUGCACUGUGUAACAAAACAUUCCGUACAACAUUUAAGAUGAUACUGUUGUGCCGCUGGGAUCAGAAGAAAAGAAGAAAACUGCAGUUCCAGCAGAGGCAGUCGGUGGUCUUCCACAGGGGGAUCCCCAGGGAGUCUACAUGAAUGACUGAAAGUUCAGAUGUCUUACAAAAUUUAAAAAAUGAACACAC